CGGGACUUCAGGGACAGUACGUUACAAUGCCUGACAAAUCCUAGCCAGUUCUAUCAAAUUAUAUGUCUCUUACAGGUUUUUAAGCUAUUAGUCCCAUAAAGAUACAUUUAGUCAGCGAGGUAAUGGCAAGAUGAGUGUUUUUAGGUUAAAAUAAGAACUGGAACUGUUGGCAGCAGAAUGGCGAUAUUCAAGACAGCUCGCACAAGAAGAGACGGGGUCCUACGCGCCUCGCUAGGGAAUCCCGGGUCAGCUCGCCGCGCAGGCGCAGUGAGUUCGACGCGCCAUGCCGACUGUCAGCGUGAAGCGUGAUCUGCUCUUCCAAGCCCUGGGCCGCACCUACACUGACGAAGAAUUUGACGAACUAUGUUUUGAAUUUGGUCUGGAACUUGAUGAAAUUACAUCUGAGAAGGAAAUAAUAAGUAAAGAACAAGGUAAUGUAAAGGCUGCAGGAGCCUCUGAUGUUGUUCUUUACAAAAUUGACGUCCCUGCCAAUAGAUAUGAUCUCCUGUGUCUGGAAGGAUUGGUUCGAGGACUUCAGGUCUUCAAAGAAAGGAUAAAGGCUCCAGUGUAUAAACGGGUAAUGCCUGAUGGAAAAAUCCAGAAAUUGAUUAUCACAGAAGAGACAGCUAAGAUACGUCCUUUUGCGGUAGCAGCAGUUCUCCGUAAUAUAAAGUUUACUAAAGAUCGAUAUGAUAGCUUCAUUGAACUUCAGGAAAAAUUACAUCAGAAUAUUUGCAGGAAAAGAGCAUUGGUUGCUAUUGGCACCCAUGAUUUGGACACUUUGUCAGGCCCAUUUACUUAUACUGCAAAGCGUCCUUCAGAUAUUAAAUUCAAGCCUCUAAAUAAGACCAAGGAGUAUACAGCCUGUGAACUGAUGAACAUAUACAAGACUGAUAAUCACCUUAAACAUUAUUUACAUAUCAUUGAAAACAAACCCCUGUAUCCUGUUAUCUAUGAUAGCAAUGGUGUCGUCCUUUCAAUGCCUCCCAUCAUCAAUGGAGAUCAUUCCAGAAUAACAGUAAAUACUAGAAAUAUUUUUAUUGAAUGCACGGGAACUGACUUUACUAAGGCAAAAAUAGUUCUUGAUAUUAUUGUCACCAUGUUCAGUGAAUACUGUGAGAAUCAAUUUACGGUCGAAGCUGCUGAGGUGGUUUUUCCUAAUGGAAAAUCAUAUACCUUUCCAGAAUUAGCUUACCGAAAGGAGAUGGUGAGAGCUGACCUCAUUAACAAAAAAGUUGGAAUCAGAGAAACUCCAGAAAAUCUUGCCAAACUUCUGACAAGGAUGUAUUUAAAAUCAGAAGUCAUAGGUGACGGGAAUCAGAUUGAGAUUGAAAUCCCUCCAACCAGAGCUGACAUUAUCCAUGCAUGUGAUAUUGUAGAAGAUGCAGCUAUUGCUUAUGGAUAUAACAACAUUCAGAUGACUCUCCCGAAAACUUACACCAUAGCUAAUCAAUUUCCUCUUAAUAAGCUCACUGAACUUCUCAGAUAUGACAUGGCAGCCGCUGGCUUCACUGAAGUGCUUACCUUUGCCCUGUGCUCCCAAGAAGAUAUAGCUGAUAAACUUGGUCUGGAUAUCUCUGCAACAAAGGCAGUCCACAUAAGUAAUCCUAAAACAGCUGAAUUUCAGGUGGCACGCACUACCCUUCUUCCUGGCCUCCUGAAGACCAUAGCGGCAAAUCGUAAGAUGCCCCUUCCUCUGAAACUGUUUGAAAUCUCCGACAUUGUAAUAAAAGAUUCUAAUACAGAUGUAGGCGCAAAAAACUACCGGCAUCUCUGUGCUGUUUAUUACAACAAGAAUCCUGGGUUUGAGAUCAUUCAUGGGCUGCUGGACAGAAUUAUGCAGUUGCUCGAUGUGCCUCCUGGUGAAGACAAGGGGGGAUAUGUGAUCAAAGCAUCGGAAGGGCCUGCUUUCUUCCCCGGGCGAUGUGCAGAGAUCUUUGCCAGGGGUCAAAGUGUUGGGAAGCUUGGGGUCCUUCAUCCUGACGUUAUCACCAAGUUUGAGCUGACCAUGCCCUGCUCCUCGCUAGAAAUCAAUAUUGGACCCUUUUUGUGAAGAUUGGUCUCUGUGGUGUGAUUCUCUUCCCAAGUGUCCCUUUCUCCUCCCCUAGUGUCCUUUAGUCUUCCUCCACGGGGAACAUCUAUUCGGGCUUUAAUGUUUAAUAAAGUAGAAAGCACUGUC